GGAGACACGUGUUGUCGUUUGCGUGACUUUGUCUGACGGAUCUCUCCACCAAAUCCGUCGCCCUCCAUAAACUCUCCUACCUCGCCGCAUUCCACGGCGUCGACAUGGCUUGGGCGGCCUUCCACGCUGUGGAGGUCGUUUCCUCAUCUCGAUUCGCGCACAAGAGGAUCGGUUACCACGUGAUUGCUCAGUCGUUCAGCGAUCAGCUCAGGAAGGAUCUGAACAGUUCGAAUGAGUACGAGCUGUGGUUGGAGUGUUCUGUGAACUCACAUCAAAAGAACAACAUUGACGUUGCUACUUCAUCUCAUCCUAAAUCUCAAGAUGAUGAUGAUGACUUCGUUCCAAUGCCAAUGGUUUUGAUAGACCAGGAUGCUGACCCUGAAGCCACCAUUGUUCAAAUCAGUUUUGGAGAUCGUCUUGGGGCUCUCAUUGACACUGUGACUCUAUGAGGGCGUUGAAAGAUUUGGGAUUGGAUGUGAUAAAAGGAACCGUCUCAAUUGAAGGAUCUGUUAAGCAGACCAAAUUUUCUAUAACAAAACUGUGCAUUAAUGUUUUAGAUUUAUUGGGCACAUGAAGCUCAUCGUUGGGCAUCAUCUCCAGCAACGUGCAGUCCUUGACAUGAUUGAUAUCUUGCAUAUUUCCAUUGUCUUAUCCAUUCACCCAUGUGUAUUUUGAUCAUAUAGACUAGG